UAAGUACCUGCUUUUUUUUUUUAAUGACUGAAUUAUACAGAGGGCAACAUGAUUUACAAAUUAAGCAUUAGUAAUAUUGUCUCAAAAUACCACUGAAGGUGUGUGGAAUUAAUGUAAUGGACCUGUUUGUCAGAUCAUACUAUCAAAAAAACAGAAAACAAUUUGUGAAAAAUGCGUAAGAGCUGAAACUAAAACAUGUUAAGAAUUAUUAGUCAUGCAGAAAUACAACUUCCAUUAAAAUGAAAAAGAGUAACAUUUAUGCCUGUAAAUAACCCCUUGUGUUAAAGCAAUUCUGCUGUAGGUAAAAAUAUGAAUUAAUGGUACAGAUUUGACAUUCUGAGUAGUCCUGGCCAUAUGCAGGCACGAAAGAGCCAAGAUUCUGUACGAAUCUGUAUCUGCUGGAUAAUUGCUCCAGUUUAGUUCUGACAAGCUGGUAAGUAGAAAAGCUUUAAAAAUCGCACUUUACUAUUUUUGUGUGUAACUGUGUAUGGUGAGUAGGUGUAUGUUCCGGGGAAGUUGCUCCAUCCCUGUUAAUCCGGCAGUUCCAUCCCUCAGGAACUUCUACUUUUGCAGAACUUUCUGUGCAAGCAGAAGCGCCGCUGCCAGAGCGGCGCCAUCGCUACGGCGGGAACCGGCACCACUGCGAGCCAGAGACAACGUGACCCGAGAAACACAGAAGCUGGAGCGCUGGAAACGGCACUUUGGGGGAGAAAACUGAAACCCAGCCUGCAAGCGGCCGGGCCCGGCUGUCCGCUGCCCACAGGCCGGGCGGCCUCCGCGCCCCACCCCGCCCCGACACGCGGGUUUCCCCGCUGCGGCCCCGGGUGCGCGGCGGGAUGGCGGCGGCGCUGCUGGACCUGGCGCACUGGAGCACCUGGGCGGUGUGCGCCGUCAUCAAGCUGCCGCAGCUGGCGGCGGUGCUGAGGGCCGGCUCGGCGCGGGGGGUCAGCGUGGGCAGCGUUCUGCUGGAGCUGGCCGGCUUCCUUGUGUUUCUGAGGUACCAGAUCUAUUAUGGUUACCCUCUGCAGACAUACCUGGAAUAUCCCAUCAUCAUUGCACAAGAUGUCAUUCUCCUUUUGUUUAUUCUGCGUUUCAGUGGAAACAUGAAACGAGCUUUGUUCUAUGCAGUCACAUUCUGGGGGGGCUGGUACAUGCUAACACUGCGGAAGUGGAUAAUAGACCUGGCCAUGAACUUGUGCACAUUCAUCAGUGCGGCCAGUAAGCUGGCUCAGCUGCGGUGUCUCUGGCAGACAAAAGAUUCUGGACAAGUGAGCGCCUUGACCUGGAGUAUGUCUGCAUACACCUGCGCAACAAGAAUAGUUACAACGGUAAUGACUACGAAUGAUCUCGCAGUUCUCAUCCGUUUCAUAACCAUGCUCAUUCUCAAUAUUUGGGUCACAGCCACAAUCCUGCACUACAGGAAAACUAAAAAGACUGAUUAGAAGACACUCAAAAACACACAACACAGUUAUCUUCAAAAAAACCUGAUAUAAUUAAGCUUAAAUAACAGAACAAAGGUUGAGGAAGCUCGCUCUCUCUUAAGCCUAGUAUUUAUCCCUAAGCAUAAUUGGUAGAGUCAUGCUUACUUUCUCUUAGAAAUAAUACUGAUAAGAUACUUAAUUUAAGCAGCAUAUUUUUAUUGGUCAUUUAAGACAAGUUUCACUGAUACCACAUUUUCUCUGGACUUUUUUACUAAAGGAACAAGGUAUUUUGUAUUUAGAUGGUCAUUGUAUCACUUCAGUACUUUCUGGUUACAUAUAAGCAAUUUUCUUCAAUUAUACAAGAGCAAUUUUGCAACAACAUAUCAACCCGUCUUUCUGCCUCUGCUGCCAGUUUGAAAAACAGAUGUUUGUCAUCUUCUUGCAAGCAACUCAAUUAGUUAGACAUUAACUAUUUGUAUUUUAGGAUGAAAAAAAUCUGAGUCAAGGCCCGAUCCAAAAUAAGGUUCUAAAUGUUUUACUAUAUCACAAAUGCAGUUAGUUGGGAUUGUAGCACUUACAUGCAACACUUAAAUAGUACAGUUUAUACAGUUGAUACAGGAUACGUGUGGCUACUUCCUUCAAAAUACCCUGCUUUUAUUAGGAUAAGAGCAAACACUCAACUAUGAAUAAUUCUUUUUCAACCUGAGCUCUCAUUCACUGGACAUACUCUUUUGGGAACAGCAGAGACUCCAGUGUAUAGGAAUUAAUGCAACUUUGACCAAUAGAGUUAAAAAUUGUGUUCAAGCAAAGUUCCCGAACUGAUCCCCCGACCCCCCCAGUGCAAUCCGUACCGACCGUGACCGUUUACACGUACAGCUUGGGGCAUCACAGCAGACUCCUCUCCAGCCGUUAUCAGUUUCUGACGGUACCGCUCUGUGCUUUGUUAGUUUUUAGCCUGUCUGGGCUAAGCGGGCUGAAGAACACAAAGACUUCACAUCAAUUUCUACUUUGGAUAUUCUAAUCAAUUGGUAGUAGUGUAUCAAAAAAGGGAAAAAGGAUACACUUGAGAUUAAUUAGGGUUUUUGCUUUUGGAAGUAAUGCCUUUCCACCCAAAAGUUACAGAAGUAAUCCUAGAGCUCGCCUUCAAUUCUCAUUACAUUCUCUAAAAUGAAAAGAUACGCCUUUUCAGGAGUUCUUACAGUACUACUGUUAAAACCAAGGCACCCUCGGUCCUGACACCCCUGAAAACUAUGGGAAGACUGCACUGACAUUUCAGGCAGGUUUUUCCUGCAAUGUGCUAAAUUACUGGACUCUUGUGGAAGAGCGGGAUCUGCAAAAGCAGAUGUUUCCGCCUGUGUGCACUCAGCAGACUGAGACCUUCACCAUCAGAAAACGGAGCUGCUUUGUAAACUGAUUCUAGAGUGUGUGUGUGUGUGGGGAAGAGGUAUGUCUGUGGACAUAAGAUUUCAUGUAUCUCACAUUACUGAGAGCAAGUUCAGAGAUGAGGAUUUUUUACUGCUUCAGUAAAAUGUGUGUUUCCACGGUGGUUGACAGAGUAACUGUAAACAUCCUGUUACUGAUUUGACUAACGCUGUAUAAAAUAUCUGAAGUGGUCUAAAUGGUGGCAGGGGGCAUGUGGUACAUUUUCCAGGUCAUACUAAUAAAUGCUAUUCUUCAUGAUUGAUUAA